UAUGGGGAGGAAGCCAGGACCUCGGAGACCAGCGGGCCGGGUGGCCGGGACUCUGCCUUUUGAUGCUCAACUUUAAGCUGCAUCCAUUUGAAUGUUUUGGCAGAGCCCCCGGGGAGACAGAAGGAGAAAGUGAGAGACAAAAAAAAAAACCAAAAACAAAAAACGAAGUUCCUCCUUGGGUUCGCACAUCUGGAUUCUGCAGACCAGACGCCCGGAGGUGAAACAAGCCAGGCUGCACCGCGGGAGGAACCCACAGGACCGUUCCGGAGCGCCCCCGAGACUGGUUUGAUGCCGCGAUGGCUUUGAGCUCAGCCUGGCGCUCGCUCCUGGCCCUCUGGCUCCUCUGGGGCGCCGCCGGCUCCAGCGCGGCGUUCGGGGACGAACACGCUCUUUCUUUUGACAUUGAAGGCAGCUCCACCGUCGGCAGACAAGACCUGCUGGAGACCAGCGAUCCCAGUAACGUGCCGGCUGCCUCAGAGAAAUGUGGUGCUGGGUUCUUCCGUGCCUACUCCGGAGAAUGUUUGCCCUGUGACUGUAACGGGAAUUCCAAUGAGUGCUUGGACGGCUCUGGAUUCUGUGUGCACUGCCAGCGAAACACAACAGGAGAGCACUGUGAGAAAUGCCUUGAUGGCUUUAUCGGAGAUUCCAUCAGCGGUGUACCCCGGUUCUGCCAGCCGUGCCCCUGUCCGCUGCCCCACGUGGCCAAUUUUGCAGUAUCCUGCUAUCGGAAAAGUGGAGUUGUCCGGUGUAUUUGCAAUGAAAACUAUGCUGGACCUAACUGUGAAAGAUGUGCUCCUGGUUACUAUGGAAACCCCUUACUGAUCGGAAGCACCUGUAAAAAAUGUGACUGCAGUGGAAAUUCAGAUCCCAACCUGAUCUUUGAAGAUUGUGAUGAGAUCACUGGACAAUGUAGAAACUGUUUACCCCACACCACUGGGUUCAAAUGUGAACACUGUGCUCCUGGUUACUAUGGUGAUGCCAGGAUAGCCAAGAACUGUGCAGCGUGCAAUUGUGGGGGAGGCCCAUGUGACAGCGUAACUGGAGAGUGCUUGGAAGACGGCUUUGAAGGCCCUACAGGCAUGGACUGCCCAACUAUAAGCUGUGAUAAGUGCAUCUGGGAUCUGACUGACGACCUCCGCUUGGCGGCUCUCUCCAUUGAGGAGAGCAAGUCUGGUGUGCUGAGCGUGUCAUCCGGGGCCGCAGCUCAUCGGCAUGUGACUGACGUCAACGCCACCAUCCACCAUCUCAAAACUAAAUUGUCAGAAAGAGAAAACCAGUAUGUCCUCCGAAAGAUACAAAUCAACAAUGCUGAAAACACAGUGAAAAGCAUUCUGUCUGAAGUGGAGGAAUUAACUGAAAGGGAAACUCAAGCCUCAAGAAAGGGCCAGCUGACUCAGAAAGAAAGCAUGGAUACUAUUAACCAUGCAACUCAGCUUGUAGAGCAAGCCCAUGAAAUGAGAGACAAAAUCCAAGAGAUCAACAACAAGAUGCUGUACUAUGGAGAAAAGCAGGAACUUAGCUCUGAGGAAAUCUCUGAGAAGCUGGGCUUGGCCCAGAAGAUGCUUGAGGAGAUUAGACGCCGUCAACCAUUUCUCACUCAGCGAGAGCUUGUGGAUGAGGAGGCAGAUGAAGCCCAUGAAUUGUUAAACCAGGCUGAGAAUUGGCAGAGAUUGUACAAUGAUACUCGCUCUUUGUUUCCGGUCGUUUUGGAGCAGCUGGACGACUACAAUGCUAAGUUUUCAGACCUCCAGGAAUCACUUGACCAGGCUCUUGACCGUGUCAGGGAUGCUGAAGAUAUGAACAGGGCAAUAACAGCCAGGCAGCGGGAACAUGAGAAACAACAUGAAAGAGUGAUGGAACAGGUGGAAGGUGUGAAUGCAACUCUGAGGACAUCUUCAGACUCUCUAGAAACACCUCGGCUGACUCUUUCAGAACUUGAUGAUAUAAUAAAGAAUGCAUCCGGAAUUUUUGCCGAAAUAGAUGGAGCCAAAAAUGAACUGCAAGAAAAGUUAGCCAACUUGAGUAACCUCAGUUAUGAUUUAGUCCGAGAAGCUAUUGACCAUGCACAAAAUCUUCAACUAGAAGCUGAUGAAUUGAGCAGGAAUUUGCACAGUUCAGAUAUGAAUGGACUGGUCCAGAAGGCUUUGGAUGCCUCAAAUGUCUAUGAAAACAUUGCUAAUUAUGUUAAUGAAGCCAAUGAAACAGCAGAAUUGGCUUUGAACAUCACAGAGCGAAUUUACGAUGCUGUGAGUGGGAUUGAUACUCAAAUCAUUUACCAUAAAGAUGAAAGUGAGAACCUCCUCCAUCAAGCCAGAGAACUGCAAACAAGGGCUGACUCAAGCAAUGAAGAGGCAGUAGCUGAUACCAGCAGGCGUGUGGGUGGAGCCAUGGCAAGGAAGAGCUUCCUUAAACACAGAUUAAAUGAUGCCAUUAAGCAACUUCAGGCUGCAGAGAGAGGUGACACUCAGCAGCGCCUGGAUCAGUCCAAGAUGACUGUUGCAGAAGCUGACAGGACCACACAGCAAGUCCAUCAGGCCACCACACCCAUGGCUAACAAUCUCAAAAACUGGUCACAGAAUCUCCAAAGUUUUGACUCUUCUGCUUACAACACAGCAGUGGACUCUGCCAGAGAUGCAGUAAGAAAUCUUACAGAGGUUGUUCCCCAACUUCUGGAUCAGCUUCGUACAGUAGAGCAGAAGAGGCCUGCAAGCAACGUGUCUGCCAGCAUCCAGAGGAUUCGAGAGCUCAUUGCUCAGACCAGAAGCGUUGCCAGCAAGAUCCAAGUGUCCAUGAUGUUUGAUGGCCAGUCAGCUGUUGAAGUUCAUCCCAAAACUAGUAUAGAUGAUUUAAAGACCUUUACAUCCCUGAGCUUGUACAUGAAACCUCCUACUGUAAAGAAGCAAGAACUAAAUGGAAUUUCAGAUCAGUUUAUCCUGUACCUUGGAAGCAAAAAUGCCAAGAAAGAAUACAUGGGUCUUGCAAUCAAAAAUGAUAACUUGGUAUACAUUUACAAUUUGGGGGGUAAGGAUGUAGAGAUUCCCCUGGACACCAAGCCUGUAAGCUCCUGGCCUGCUCACUUCAGCAUUGUCAAGAUUGAGAGGGUAGGAAAACAUGGGAAGGUGUUCUUAACAGUCCCCAGUCUAAGUAGCACUGCAGAGGAAAAGUUUAUUAAAAAGGGACAGUUUAUCGGAGAUGACUCAUUGUUGGAUCUGGACCCCGAAGAUACUGUGUUUUAUGUUGGCGGGGUGCCCUCAGAGUUUAAGCUCCCGAGCAGCUUAAACCUGCCUGGCUUCACUGGAUGCCUGGAAUUGGCCACUUUGAAUAAUGAUGUGAUCAGCUUGUACAAUUUUAAGCACAUCUAUGAUAUGGACCCCUCCAAAUCAGUUCCCUGUGCAAGAGACAAACUGGCCUUCACACAGAGCCGGGCUGCCAGUUAUUACUUUGAUGGCUCAAGUUAUGCCAUUGUCAGGGAUUUCACGAGAAGAGGGAAAUUUGGUCAGGUGACACGCUUUGACAUAGAAGUACGAACACCAGCAGACAAUGGUCUUGUGCUCCUGAUGGUCAAUGGAAGCAUGUUUUUCAGCCUGGAAAUGCGCAAUGGUUACCUACAUGUGUUCUAUGACUUUGGAUUUAGCAAUGGUCCAGUACAUCUGGAAGACACAUUGAAGAAAGCUCAUAUCAAUGAUGCAAAAUAUCAUGAGAUCUCAAUUAUUUACCACAAUGAUAAGAAAAUGAUUUUGGUAGUUGACAGACGUCAUGUCAAGAGCAUGGAUAAUGAAAAGAAAAAAAUGCCUUUUAAGGACAUAUACAUUGGAGGGGCUCCCCCAGAAAUCUUACAAUCCAGGGCUUUAACAGCACACCUUCCCUUAGAUAUCAACUUCAGAGGAUGCAUGAAGGGUUUCCAGUUCCAAAAGAAAGACUUCAAUUUAUUAGAGCAGACAGAAACCCUUGGAGUUGGUUAUGGUUGCCCAGAAGACUCUCUCAUAUCUCGCAGAGCAUACUUCAAUGGACAGAGUUUCAUUUCUUCAGCCCAGAAACUAUCUUUCUUUGAUGGCUUUGAAGGAGGUUUUAAUUUCCGAACACUACAACCCAAUGGGUUGCUAUUCUAUUAUGCUUCAGGGUCGGACAAGUUCUCCAUUUCCUUGGGUAAUGGCACUGUGAUCAUGGAUGUGAAAGGGACUAAGGUGCAGUCGGUAGAUAAACAGUACAAUGAUGGGCAGUCCCACUUCGUCAUCACCUCGGUCUCACCUGCAAGAUAUGAGCUGAUAGUAGAUAAAAACAGAUUUGGGAGUAAGAAUCCUACUAAAGGGAAGACAGAGCAGACACAAGCAGAAGAAAAGAAGUUUUACUUCGGAGGCUCACCCAUCAGCCCCCAGUUUGCUAAUUUGACCGGCUGUAUAAGUAAUGCCUACUUUACCAGGUUGGAUAGGGAUGUGGAGGUUGAAGAUUUCCAGCGGUAUUCAGAGAACGUUCACACUUCCCUUUAUGAGUGCCCCAUUGAGUCUCCACCACUCUUCCUCCUGCACAAAAAAGGAAAAAAUUCUUCCAAGACUAAACCAACUUUGAAUAAAAAGGGAGAAAAAAGUAAAGAUGCGCCUUCCUGGGACCCCAUUGGCCUGAAAUUUCCAGACCAGCCUGCUCCGAGAGAUUCUCAUUGCCAACUGUCCAACAGCCCUCGCGCCAUAGAGCAUGCCUAUCAGUAUGGAGGAACAGCCAACAGCCGUCAAGAGUUUGAGCACUUAAGAGAUGAUUUUGGCGAAAAAUCUCAGUUUUCUAUUCGCCUGAAAACUCGUUCCUCCCAUGGGAUGAUUUUCUAUGUCUCAGAUCAAGAAGAGAAUGACUUCAUGACUCUAUUCUUAGCCCAUGGCCGCUUGGUUUUCAUGUUUAAUAUUGGCCACAAGAAACUAAAGAUUAGAAGCCAAGAGAAAUACAACGAUGGACUGUGGCAUGAUGUUAUAUUUAUUCGAGAAAAGAGCAGUGGCCGACUCAUAAUUGAUGGCCUGCGUGUUCUGGAAGAAAAUCUUCCUCCUUCUGGAGCUACUUGGAAGAUUAAAGGUCCAAUUUAUUUAGGAGGGGUGGCCCCUGGAAGAGCUGUGAAAAAUGUCCAGAUCAAUUCCGUCUACAGCUUCAGUGGCUGUCUCAGCAAUCUUCAGCUCAACGGGGCCUCCGUCACCUCUGCAUCUCAGACAUUCAGCGUGACUCCUUGCUUUGAAGGCCCAAUGGAAACAGGAACAUACUUCUCAACUGAAGGGGGAUACGUGGUCCUAGAUGAGUCUUUCAACAUUGGGUUGAAGUUUGAGAUUGCAUUUGAAGUGCGGCCCAGAAGCAGCUCUGGAACCCUGGUUCAUGGCCACAGUGUCAAUGGGGAAUACCUGAAUGUUCACAUGAAAAAUGGACAGGUCAUAGUAAAAGUCAAUAAUGGCAUCAGAGACUUUUCCACCUCAGUGACACCUAAGCAGAGUCUCUGUGAUGGCAGAUGGCAUAGAAUCACAGUCAUUAGAGAUUCCAAUGUGGUUCAGUUGGAUGUAGACUCUGAAGUGAACCAUGUGGUUGGACCCCUGAAUCCAAAACCAGUUGAUCACAGGGAGCCUGUGUUUGUUGGAGGUGUUCCAGAAUCGCUCCUGACGCCACGUUUGGCCCCCAACAAACCCUUCACAGGCUGCAUCCGUCACUUUGUGAUUGACGGGCGGCCUGUGAGCUUCAGUAAAGCAGCCCUGGUCAGUGGUGCUGUGAGCAUCAACUCUUGUCCUGCAGCCUAACUCAGGAGGGCAAAGCCACCCAAGUACUGUUCUUCAGCGCACUGAGAGAAACAGGACACCCUUCAGGAGACCAGCGACUCUUCCUCCUUGUGGCAGCUCCCACCUUAUUGAGGAGUCACUUAAAAAGAAUCAUCAGGGAUUGAAUGUUUAUUAUGUUUCAUUUGGAAUCUUACUGUGGAACCAACAGGAGCAUUAUCAAAAGUGUUACACUUAUUGAACGUAUACUUAUUUCCUGCUGGUGAAACUACCGUGUCUGUUUCUAAUAAAAUAGAAGGGAUUCAA